CGUGAAUUUUAGAGAGAGAGAACGAGUCAGAAGAGAUCCGCCCUGUUUAUCCGUUAUAUAUAUUCUCCGAUCAUUUCCCUCAAAAUAUAUCUUCCCACUCUCUAUCUAUCUCUCUUACUAUUAUUCUGUAGCAGAUUCGAUUCAAGGCAUUAAGACAGAUAUGGAAACAUUCCUCUUCACUUCCGAAUCCGUGAACGAAGGUCACCCAGACAAACUCUGCGAUCAAGUUUCCGACGCCAUCCUUGAUGCCUGCCUCGAACAAGAUCCCGAGAGCAAAGUUGCCUGUGAGACCUGCACCAAAACCAACAUGGUCAUGGUAUUCGGAGAAAUCACCACAAAAGCAACCGUAGACUAUGAGAAGAUAGUUCGUGACACCUGCAGAGGAAUCGGAUUCAUUUCCCCAGAUGUAGGACUCGAUGCAGAUAACUGCAAAGUUCUCGUGAACAUCGAGCAGCAGAGUCCCGACAUUGCUCAGGGUGUCCACGGUCAUUUAAGCAAGAAACCCGAGGAAAUCGGAGCAGGAGAUCAAGGCCAUAUGUUUGGUUACGCAACCGAUGAAACCCCCGAACUCAUGCCACUAACACACGUCCUAGCUACCCAGCUCGGCGCGAAGCUAACCGAGGUUCGUAAGAACAAGACCUGCCCGUGGUUGAGGCCAGACGGGAAAACCCAAGUGACAGUCGAGUAUAAGAACGAGAACGGAGCCAUGGUUCCGAUUCGUGUCCACACCGUGCUCAUUUCAACUCAACACGACGAGACUGUAACCAACGAUCAGAUAGCAAAGGACUUGAAAGAGUUCGUGAUCAAACCGGUAGUCCCUGCCCAAUAUCUCGACGAUCAGACAAUCUUUCACCUCAACCCGUCUGGUAGGUUCGUGAUCGGAGGUCCCCACGGGGACGCAGGUCUGACUGGGAGAAAGAUUAUCAUCGAUACCUACGGCGGUUGGGGUGCUCACGGUGGUGGUGCAUUUUCCGGUAAGGAUCCAACGAAGGUUGAUCGGAGUGGAGCCUACAUUGUUCGACAGGCGGCAAAGAGUGUGGUUGCAGCCGGGCUCGCCCGUCGUUGUAUAGUGCAGGUGUCUUACGCGAUUGGUGUGCCUGAGCCAUUGUCGGUUUUUGUUGACAGUUAUAAGACGGGGAAGAUCCCAGAUAAGGAUAUUCUUUUAUUGAUUAAGGAGAAUUUCGAUUUCAGGCCAGGAAUGAUUGCCAUUAAUCUUGAUCUUAAGAGGGGUGGGAAUUUCAGGUAUCAGAAAACUGCGGCUUAUGGUCAUUUUGGAAGGGAUGAUACUGAUUUCACCUGGGAGGUCGUUAAGCCACUCAAGCGUACAGCUUGAUCAUAUCUUCUUUUUUAAUUUUUUUUAAGAACUCAAGUAUCAUUAUUAAGCAGCACCCAUGAAGGGCUUAUGUUUGUUUUUUGUUUUUUCAUUAUGAUAAAUUAUUGUUAUUUUUGAGUAAAAUUUCAUAUUCUUGUUGGGGAUUUUGUU